CCACAGCCGUUAGUCGCCAUUUUGGAGUGUUCCGUGAGGAGCGAGUGGAGGCGACUGCUAUACAGUAAACCUGUAAUUGUUUUUGGUAUUUUAAUUAUUUUUGACAAAUACAGGGACCAAUGUCUCGAUUUAACAAUAACCGCAUCGGACUUGGGAUGAAUCACUUCCAGCCACGUAGAGGCGGCGGGCCUGGUGGCCCGAUGCGGGGGGGCCUGAUGGGAAACCCAAAUUUUAGGAACAAUCCCUACCAGAAUCACAACCAAAACCGGAGAGGACCAGAUAACUUUAACAGACCGCUCAACCAGGGCCCACAUAACCCCCAGAAGCAACAACAGAACCAAAUGCCGAUCAUCCCUCCGCCGAGUCCCGGCCCGGCUCUCACCAUGAAAGGCCCGAUGCAGCAGCAACAGAAGCCGGCACAGCAACAGCAGGAGCAGCGGAAAACCGACCCGCCCGCGGCCCAGCAGAAGAUUCAAUCACCGCCGCCGAAGCCUAACGUGAGCUCCCCUCAACCGAACCAGGCCAACAGCAGUCAGAGCGACAGCCAGCUGAAGUCACCAGUGGGUAACGGACAGCAGCAAAAGCAGCCACCACAAGCGAACCCAAAGCCGGGACCCCAGCAGGGCCCGAAGCCUGGACCCCAGCAGGGCCCGAAGCCGGGACCCCAGCAGGUCCCAAAACCGGGACCCCAGCAGGGCCCGAAGCCGGGACCCCAGCAGGUCCCAAAACCCGGACCCCAGCAAGGCCCGAAGCCCGGACCCCAGCAAGGCCCGAAGCCCGGACCUCAACAAGGCCAAAGGACGGGACCCCACCAGGGACAGAGGGCAGGACCACCGAACAGGGGCGGCCAGAUGCCCCCAAAACAAGAGCUAGAGAAGAAAGCCACAGGCAGCGAUGUCGCCCAGGCAGGCGGCCCGUCCAAGCAGGAGUUCAGAGCUACACUGUCCAUGCUCCUGAAACCUGGCGAGAAGACGUACACACAGCGGUGCCGCCUGUUUAUUGGGAAUCUGCCCAACGACAUCACAGAAGAACACUUCAGGAAGCUCUUUGCUAAAUAUGGAGAGCCCAGCGAGGUCUUCAUCAACAAGAGCAAAGGCUUUGGCUUCAUUCGAUUGGAGUCUCGUGCCCUUGCAGAGAUUGCAAAAGCAGAGCUGGAUGACACACCUAUGAAAAACCGCCCUCUGCGUGUUCGCUUUGCAACACAUUCUGCAGCCUUGGCUGUGAAGAAUCUGUCACCAUUUGUUUCCAACGAGCUCCUGGAAGAGGCCUUUUCGCAGUUUGGGAUGGUUGAGAGGGCCAUUGUCAUUGUUGACGAUCGUGGCCGCUCCACGGGCAGGGGGGUUGUGGAGUUUGCUUCCAAACCUGCAGCAAGAAAAGCCCUGGACCGGUGCAAUGAGGGUGUCUUCCUUCUUACCACAUCACCCCGGCCUGUAAUUGUUGAGCCACUUGAGCAGUUUGAUGAUGAAGAUGGUCUUCCAGAGAAAUUAGCACAGAAGAAUCCCAGAUAUCAAGCAGAGCGUGAAGAGCCUCCUCGUUUUGCUCGCCCUGGCACCUUUGAAUAUGAAUACUCAAAGCGCUGGAAGUCGCUCGAUGAAAUGGAAAAGCAACAGAGGCAGCAAGUGGAGAAGAACAUGCGUGAAGCCCGUGAAAAACUUGAGAGCGAAAUGGAGGAUGCUUUUCACGAGCACCAGGCUAAUCUGCUCCGACAAGAUUUGCUUAGACGGCAGGAGGAACUCAGGCGCAUGGAGGAGAUGCACAGCCAGGAGAUGCAAAAGAGAAAAGAAAUGCAGCUCAGACAAGAGGAAGAACGACGCAGGCGUGAAGAAGAGAUGAUUCGCAAGAGAGAGAUGGAAGAACAGAUGCGUCGUCAGCGUGAAGAAAAUUACAGGAUGGGCAACUUCAUGGAUAGGGACAGAGAAAUGAGAAUGAAUGCUGGUGGAGCUUUAGGCAUGGGUGAUAUGCCCUUUGGUGCCCCUAACCAAAAGUUUCCCAUGGGUGGAAUGGGCUUUGAAGGUCAACAGGGAAUGGGACCAUCUGCAGGAGGCUUAAUGGGGAACGAAAUGCGUAAUGAGCGCUUUGCUCAGGGCGGUCCUAGGGGAAUGGGUCCUGGUAACCCCGGGUACGGCAGGGUCCGCGAGGAGUUUGAUGGUCCUGCUAAGAAACCCCGUUUUUAGACGCUGCCGGCAUUUUUCUCCCAGCAGCACCCUUUGUAUAGAUCCCCUGAAACAAACACGUGGAUUCACUUUUCUUGCAUUUAAGUUUAAAUUGUUGCUACAUUUUUAGCCUGACAAUUUUCUCAUUUUAUGACAAUUAAUAUUUUCUUUUUUAUUUUGUAUUGUCUAAAGAUGGAUCCAUCCUGUGAUCCAUUAGUUCUUUCUGACCCAUGUACAAUUAAAUUUUCUUUUCUAGAUGUAUUAUUCUGUGAGUCGUCGUGAAGUGAUAACUGUAACAUUUUCUCAACUUUCUAUGGCUGUGUUUUGUGCCAUACAUUGGAAAUCAAAGCAUGUGUUAUAAUAAAACAAAUUGGUUCUGAGGACAAACCUUUAGCAUUUAUUCCCAAAUUUAAAACCUCAUGCAAAAAGACAGAUCUCAGUUGAAUGAAAUGAUGUUUAUGCAUCUGCUACGGUAUUUCUUAAAGGCUCUAUGUGUUAUCUCUGCAUUACGCGUAUUGUCUGCCCCCAACCGAUUUGAAAUGCUCAGCGUACACCCGUAGUCAGCUGUUUUUUUAAAUCGCCUGCAAAUAACUGGACACAUUCUUCAGGCCUCUUGCUUUUUAAAGAUCUGAGGUGACAAUAUUGAAUAAAAGGCAGGAACACAUUUAAACCAGUCCUUUUAAGUUACUAAGACGGGCAGUGAGCCAAGCGUUCUGUUUCUGGAUGCUAGGUUUGUAGUUUGUAGCUCAUGUCUGCCACACAUCAAGAGACCAAGGCCUGCUCCUGAUGAGUUGUAUUGACCAUUUGGCUUUUUGCAGUGCAUCAAAGACUUCUUUUUUUUCUUCAGCAGGAUCUUGCUAAUCUAGGUCUUGUGGUGCCUACACCUGUUGUUGGCCCAGUCCAUUUAAGUUCUAUUCAUAACAACCUGUUGAUAUUCUCAGGUGUAUACAUGUGGAUAAGCACUUCAGCUGCUUUUACCUGUUACAGUACGUCGUUCUCUGCUCUUAAAACAAUGCUUCUGAAAAGCAGAAAUAUUGCACAUAGAACCUUUAAGAAACCCUGUGAGUGUGUGAGACACAUUAGUGUAUGUGUUGUGCAUUAGUGGCUGUUGUAGCACAAAUACAAUGGAGUAGGACUAUGUUGACAUGCAGGUAGCAUGUUAGCUUUAUAUUAGCAUUUGACCUGACGACACACGCGUUUAAACAUAGUCAUUCCCCAUUGCUGGCUUAUAUUUGUGGUACAACAGAGUUGUUGGUGUGUUGAAGGAACAGGUGAGAAGCUGCCCAAGACUUUGAUAUAAACACAUCAACCUCAGAGUAAAAGUGCUGAUGAAAAUCUGCCUUUGUAUGUCAGGCAAUGGCUUCUUAUUUAUGCAUUGUUAGUUUAUGAAAAGCAUGAUAAUACUUUUUUUCCUGAUGGACUGCUUUGCAGUUGUCCAUUGACCAGAAUCCAUCAUUUAAAUCAGAAACAAACUUCUCUGUGCUCUUGAUAUGUGGAAAGUAGAAGAAUAUUAUAUUAAUUAUUGCUCUGUUAUAACUUCGGCACCACAGAGGUUGAUUAUAUUUUGGCUCCAUAGAAUAUGCAGAUGUGUUAAUGUUACUAAUACUCCUCACUGCAAAGUUAGUUGUUUGUGGAUAAAGAUAGAAUUAGUAGUAAUAGGGUCUCCCAAACAAUUCUGCUCACUAACUUUCUAAAAUGAGCACAAAGUAAUGUGACAGAAUUUGAAAUGUAAAAAUUGUGUCUGCAAAAACAUGUUCUGUGUAAUGAUCUCCGCUCUGGAUGGAUUCUACGUGGCUGGCUAACGUAUCCAUGGAUGGUGCCCUUGUUGAGUACCCGUUACCUGCGCUAAUCUAUCCUGCGGAGCGUAGCAGGUGCUUUACAGCCAAGCCUAGCUGAGCUCUGGAUGCAUCCACAGUCUGUCGCUGGGCUGACACAGCCAGACAACCAUUCACACAGCUACGGACGGUUUAGAGCUGGGUGUGAGGAAGCUGAAGUACCCAGAGGAAACCCUUGCAGACACAGGGAGAACAUGCAAACUCCGGGUUCCAGCUGUUCUAAAACGUUGAUGGCACCAGUGCAGAGAUAAUCCCACGUUACCGGUGUGUGGCCUCCACCCACGGGCUUCCUUAGCAAGCAUAUUCCAUAGUUGUACAGUAAGUGGGGUUGGACUGAAAUGGUGAGUGUAAAUAAUCCUUUACAUUACAAAUAUACUGUGAUUGGACUCUUCCUUUUUAAAAGUCUUGAUUCAGCUGCACUUUCUGUAAGGACAACAUGUUAACAUGAAAAUCAAAGCCAGUGAAGUGUCUCUGAUGCCACAGGCUUCUGUUCACUCUGUGGACAGUCACGUUUACCUGCUCCUUUAGUCAAACAGAUUGAAUACUUCCAUCUAUUUGUUUCUGCCAUUAGUUUGCUCCUAAUUUGAACAUUAGCAUUAAGUGAUUUUUCUCUUUGGAAAAAAAAUAAAUGUUGGACCUGCUUCUGGUCAUUGCGGGUCAUGUCAUGGCACCAGUCAAAUCCAGAGACACUGUCAAGACGUCACUGAACUUUUAAUGCUAGCAUAGCGCACACACACUAUAUUUACUAAAGAGUUUGUUCAUGCUUGUCAUCUGAAACCAAUAUACAUCAGUAAAGGAUGUGUUGGAGUCUACAUUUGAAAUGUCACGUGUGUUUUUGUUAUGCACAUCUUCCUUUUUAACAGGUUUGACCAGCUUUAAAGAGUUUGGACUGAGGAGGAAUUGGUGGCUGUGUUGCGUGGAUUGAGGAAGUAAUUUGUCAAAUAGUCUUAAACUCAAGUUCUAUAGUUUUGUCAUUCAUGUUCUGUUCAUGCAUCGAAGUUUUGGGAAUACGGCUUCAAAAGUCGUCACUCUUCCUCAUUUAACAAACCUCCAGACCGUGUGGAGACAUUAAGUUAUUCAGUCCAUAGAAAAGAGUUGCACUCAGCCAAUGUGGCUGAAGUACUAAUAUUUGUCUAUAACAUGGAUGGCUAAUGCUAAUAAUUCGACCUAUUAUGUUUUUUUUUCAUACUAUGCAAUUUCGUCUAACAUCAUCCGACAUUAAAGCCACCUCAUUUAUUAAGCUUGGCCCAGAUUGGCCUUAAGUGUCAUUUCAGACCUCGUGUUCUCCUAAGGAGCCCUUACUAUGAACACUUAUUCUUUAUUAUUUAUUUUAUAAUUAAAGAAAUUCUAAUUAUCUUAUAUCUGUGCUAAAGGUAAUCUGAUGUCAGACUUAUAUUUUUUAGAAAGUGUUAUUUCUAGCUUGACUUUUAGUUCUCAACCUCUAAGGGAAAGUUUAUGUGAAUAAGGAAGCUACUUAAUUAGGAAGGUAACACAAGGUAUUUAAAUUCUUAGAAGUGGAAUCAUUGUCUUUUAAAGGCAAAUUCCUUUUACAUAUGUGGGAUACUGGUGUAAUGUACCAGUUUGUGUAGACAUUUAACAUGUGAACCACAUGUUAUUGGCUCCUGAUGUACUUCAAGCAGUUUCUCUUCCACUCAACGUGAGAGCGUUAGCACAUGGCAGCGCUGCAUAUACAGGUGGAUAAGUUAAACAUUGUAAUGUUAUGUCUGUGUUGUGUGCAAUUUGUUUUUCUUUGACAGGUUUGACCAUCUUUAAAGAUGUUGGACAGUGAGAAGGAACCAAGAAAUUCAAAGUCAGUGGUACAAUCAGCUGUUGUCUAAAGUUGUAUGUAGCAACUGUUGCAGCUUCUCUUGAGUACUUCAUGGCACAAAGCAAAUAAGUUGAGAAUGGGACGUUUACACCAUGUAAACCAGACUGAAGAGUCUGUGUCAGAGGCAGACUACACACAAACGCAUCAGAGGCAUGACAGGAGCAUGGUUUGUCUUUUAGUUUAGCCCCUUCUGACAUGCAGCACCUCUACUCGCCAGCAGCGGUUCUUCUCUGGCAUGUCUGAGUAAAAGUCUUUCUCUUUCAGUUGUCAAGUCUGGCCUGUUAAAAUAUCUGUACCCCUGUCCACAAUCUCAGAUCAAUCACAAUCUAAAACUAAAAGUCAGCCCUCAAGUCACAUUCUAGAAGUAGAACAAAGCAGAGGCUUUGACUGCAGGGUGAAAGGAACGCUAGACCAGAGAACCAGCCUGCUGGACCAGACAAGACUGCUUCACCCUGUCUCAUGUUAGACGUCAGAUAAAAUACACAAACAUCUACCCAAAGGCUUUACCUUGAAUGACAACAGCGUUUUGUUUGGAGUCUGAAAGGAACUGUUGGAACCAAAGCUUUUACACUUUUGGAUGUAAUAUAAAACUCUGGCACCGGAGACUUGGAAACUUUGUCAAGUCACUGAGCUCCUGUCUGGUUGUAUUAAACAGUCAGGAUGAACGGACUUCCUGCUAAUCACAAAGUAGAUACGAUAAGUGCUGUCUGAAGGAAAGGCUCCUUCAGCGACACAUUGACUUCUAGCUGAAAUCAGCGUUGACAUUUUCAUUAGACAUAGUCUGAAUUUUGAUUCCCUCAGGGUUCCAGGCAGCAGCUUUGGAACAAAUUUUACAUUAGUGUUAAUUUAAAAUACGGUUUGUAAUUCAUAGACCAUACACUCUAAACUAUAUUAAAGUAAAUAUUUAAACCUUUGGGUCAAAAUGGACAUGAAAGUUCAACUGUGAAAAAGUAAGAAAUCAGGAUUUGUUUAAAGGCCCAGUGACGUUUAAUCUCUGUAAAUGACGCUUACUGGUCGUCUGUGUGUGAAAAAGUCUCAUCCUAAACGUUGUGGCAAAUACCAUCCCAGUACAUGCGACCGUCUGCAUUUGCCAAACGUCCUUAGGUAGAAAGUCCAUGCACUUUACUGUGGUGGAGCGAUGGUGUGUUGUGUGUGUUUCAUGUCUUUGAGUAAAUGGGAGGUGCAUUAGCUGCUGUCAGCAAGCUUGUGAAAGCCAGACUGUCCCAGUCCACAGUAGAGGCGCUUCUCUGCAUUGGGUUACAUUGACGAUGAGUAGAAGUCAGUGGACAGUAAAGCCUGGACUUGUUGUCACUGCAGCCAGAGGUAUGCUAACACAGAUGAGCUGAACACGCAAGGUAAGUGUCUCACCCAUGUUUCUCAUACAAGAUGCUCAGUUCUCCCAUCACUUAACUCUUCCUUCCAGCGUCACUGCUCAGUGACCGUCACAGGGCUUCUGGCAUCACACUGUCACAGAAUGGAGUCACAGUGCAGACGUCUGUUUGUGUGUGAGGGGGCGACGCAUCAUAGUGUGUGUGUGUGUGUCUUUGUGUGUGUGUGGGGUUGUAGUACUCUGGCUUCUCUGUACGUGUGCAUGAGACCUAUAUGAGUCACUGGUUCCACUCCACAGUGCUGGACCUCACUGCGAGUACUACUUACAGUUCACGCAGGUCAACUGCUUCUUUUGAUAAUACAAGAUUUUUCAGUUGGAUUUUCUUCAACUUGUGGUGAUUUUUCGUUGAAGUCAUCUGUAGUGGAAACAGGCAGGUUGUGUGUGGUUUCUACUAUGAUGCUCAAACAAACAUCUUCUGUCCUGUACCUGUAUCAGGUCGAUACCGUCAAAACGUUUCUUUAGUGCUAGUUGUAUAAUGUGGUAACAUCAGCAUCAUGAUUUCUUCUCUAUAAAGCGGAUCCACUUCAAUUUUUGUGUAAUUGUUUUUCAAAUAAAAUGGGUGGGAAGUGGAGAAUGAAGCUCUUUGCCAGAUGUGCUUCUAUUGUUGUAUUUAGAGCUGUUUUCACCACCUCCACAACUAUUGUGACUGUUUGUAUUUACUUUAGAGUGGAUUUGUCAAAAGGUGCAAAUAUCUAUAAACCUUUAAUGACUAGUUUCCUCAGAUUUCUAGCUUUGCCCUGCUGCAAUGUUUUAACUUAGUUUCAAGCAUCCUUUACUAAUGAUGCACAAUGACCUUCUUCAUAUCCGUCUUAAUGUACCUGCAACAUUCCCCUAGAAUCAGUGAGGCUAGGAAUAACUAUUGAUUCAAAUAAAGAAACCGUAACAUUGAGUAAGUGAACCACUACACCUCCACAUUAACUUAGUCCAGAAGCUCAGGUCUCCAAAUGUUCCCCCAGAAGAAGCAGUUGUGAACUACUACUUUACUACUUCACAGCGUAGACGGUAGUUUGCUGUAAGGAGAAUGAUCAACACUGAGUAGAUGAAGAGAGAGCUCUUAUUACCAACUCAUGUUCAGCACAUGAUGAUCCUCAACACUCCACCUCUCACUGGUCUCAGUCCUCCAGACCUGUAGUAGAGAAAAUAUCUUCCAUUUAAUAAUGGUUGCAAAACGGUUUAAACUCGCUACAUUUUGAUCUCAUGCUUUAGUUUAGACACUUGGAACUAAAGCGAACACAGUUAAAGUGUUUUAAAGCCUUUAGAGGCUCAAUCUCUGAACAUCCUGACCGAUGCGCACCUUUUCAGAAGCUGUCGUCUCCUUUAAUCUGCGUCAUGGAAAGAUGCUCCACGUUGUUUCAGGAUCAUAUGUUAACACAUGUUAACGCAGAUCCAUCGACUGUGUCUUUGCGUUUGAGGGAACUACUCAGUGUAACAAGGUAAACACGAGCUCGGCUCUUUGGCAACUCUUUUAUUGGACCUUUUUAUAGCUCACAGCCUCAUGGGUGUCGUGGGUAAUGUUUGUGUUGAAAUGUGGUGGAGCACAUGAAACAAACGUGUUAACCUUAAGUGAGAUGGACCUUUUCAUAGUGCUGCUCUUUGCUGCUUUCUCUCUCCUCUCAGUACCUUAACACUCACGUCACCCUUCUGUCAUGCCAGUGACCGACCGGCCGGCUGUGUUGAAAAGGUACAGUACACGAUGCCUCUGGCAACUUCCUGUUGACGGAACAGCACUUUGUCUUCUAGCUGUAACGGAGUGUGAUGCUACCUGGAGCUUCUGGUUCUCAAACCUCUGAGCUUUGAUCCUUCGGAGUCGUGAGUCGAGCCCUGGAGGCUUCUAACCUGUCUGCACUGUGAUCCAUUCACUACUUUUAGACCUGAUUGGUUCAAAUUAUUGUCCAUGUCCUCCUGUUAUGAGUGUGAUGCCAGAAUGACCCUUCCGGCCUUUAACGGCCUCGCUGACGAGGGCUCUGCCCACAGUGUCCAUAGAGAACGCCUCCUUCCUGUACCUGGUUACUCAUCGAUCAUGUGCAGCCAGAACUGUCUGGGUCAAAGUUAAUGCCCCUGAUGUUCCCGUAUGAAGUCCAGCUUCACGUCCUCUGUAGUUUCAGUACACACAGAUCACUUCAAGGUGCACGGAUGCCUUCCUGUUUCACACAUCCAUUCUACAUAUAACCCUGACAAACAUCAGCUUGUUUACCUGUAAUGCAUGUUCACAUAACAAAUUCAGUACUGGGCGAGAAGCUUUCUUUACCUGCCCUCGCUGGUCCAAAUUCAAAGCACAAAAUCACAUUCUGUGACAGAUAUCGUAUGAAUGUAGAUGCAGAGAGCAACAUUUUCUUUUAAUUGUGGCAGCUUCAAAUAGUAACAGAUGAAAUGACUGAUGGGUACUGGACCCGUUCAGUACCACAUACUCACUGUUUGUCUCUUGCCACAGGAGCCUCAAGUAUUGGAAGGAGGCUGAGGGUCCCUGUGCCUUAACCCAUGGUUAAAUGAAGAAUGAAAUAGCAGAGCUGCAGGAGAGCCAGCGGCUGUUCUCUGGUGACGGCGGCACACGUUUAAGAGCUGCAGGUGGAGAUGCAGCACGGAGAAGCAUCCAGCAGGCGACAAAUGGCUACAGAGUCCGACCUGCUCUUGAUUUGUCUUAAUAAAUUUUAUGAAAAUGA